AAACGGAUACGUUGAAUAAUCGGCUGCUGAACGCCUUUCUCAGCAGAAUCAAUAAUUCCUCCAUUCCCGGCGUGCAAACAUCCAGUAACCCAUCUGCGGAAGCGUUGAAUUUUGACGAUAACUAAUCCCUUUGAUAAUAAUGGCAGCAAGCGCAGCGGACAAUGUGUUCAGACUAACCGACGAGCUGAAGAAAGAUCUCACGUGCAAAGUGUGCUUGGAAGCCUGCGAGGUGGGGAAAGAUGCAGCAUCCUCUCUGGGGCUGCUGUUCAAAGAUCCGCAGGUGCCCGAUGCAUUUAAUCCCGUACCGAUUACGCUCUUGCCCUCGAUUGUAUCCAGUCAUGCUCUGCACGAGAUUCUGCAGCUGCAGUCGGAUAUCAGUCUGGUGCAGCAUCGUGUUGCCCAUGAUCGGGAAUUCCUUACCAGUGCACUGGCCGCUACUGCCGCAGUGGAUCCCUUCAUCCGCAAUCUGAUGAACAUCUAUCAGCAGGUGGAUAUCGAUUCACAGAUUGAGCUAGAGUUUGUUCGCAGUGAUUAUUUACUGCAUUGUGACGAUCCUAACCUCAGUUUCCGUGAUGCUUUGAAUGUGGGAACGUACAAGCAAGUUGAAGUCAACAUGAUUUGUAUCGCUUUUGCUGGUCUUUCAUCGAAAAUGCAUACCGUGCACAACCGAAUCCUGAACUUUUUGGACUGCGACAUUGUUGAGAAUCCCCAAGAUGGAGAUGUUUUGCCACAAGAAACGCGUCUGCUUGUUGAGAAAACAGUGGCGAUCAAGUGUCCUAGCGUGGCUCAUCAGUUAUCCGGAUUUAAAAAAAUCCAGCAAGAAUUGAGCAAACCGGAAGUACUAGCAAGGUUUGUCCCGGAAGAGUCUGUGAGAGCGCGAAUGUUGGAUACAUGCGUUGGGCAGUGGGAUGUUAGUUUGCCGAACUCCGCCGAAGCCAUUGAGAGAGCGUUGAAACAUCCGGAAAAGUAUGUUCUAAAGCCGAACCGCGAAGGUGGGGGGAACAAUUUUUUCAACGAAGAACUAGUCAGUAAAAUGCAGGAAAUCCGUGGCACUGAGACCGCGCAAGAAUUUAUUUUGAUGGAGCGCAUUGAGCCACCACUGCAGGAAAAUAUUCUAGUGCGUUCAAAAUUGCCACCCGCUCUCGUGCAGACCAUCAGUGAAGUGGGAACCUUCGGGGCGUUUAUUGCUAGAAACAAGGAAAUUAUUUUUAACGCCUCGGCUCGCGAUGUGUUGAUUCGAUCUAAGGCCAGCAACGUCAACGAAGGAGGAGUAUCUACGGGUUAUGCUUGCUAAGCUCAUCUUGUAUUUUACAUGUAUGAAAACCCCUUUUGUUGGCUUUUUUGAACCCGAAUAGUUUGAAUUUUGUGUUUUCAUUCCGUGUUAAUCUGUUGUCGUAAUAUUUUAUUUAUACAAUUUUAUUACAGUACCGCCACAAACCUGUGCACACCAUGAAUUUUCACCAUGAAUUUUUGAAAUGCUGUAUGUAGUAUCUGACAUGUUUAAUCCGCUUCCGUCAUUGUAUGCUUUCUGGUCAGCAAAUUUUGAUUAAAAAUAUAUUAUCUCGU